AGUAUAACUUGCUCACAGUCCCCCCCCCACCCUCUCAUGCUCCCACACCUGCCCGGAUGUGAAUCCUGGUUAAUUCGUCUGGAUUUUUCAGAUCUAGGGGCUAGGGUUUAACCUUUAGACAAAGACAACCGAACGCCGCGAGCUCAGAGCCUUGCCAUGGCAAAGCCACGCCGAGGCCGUCCUGUUGCACCUUCGCGGUCCUACUCUUCAUCGUCCUCCCAUUCUCGCAGCGCAAGUCCUCCCAGUCGUGGCCCGACUCGCAGAAGCCCUGCUGAAGGAUCUAAACGAGGUCGUUCACCAGCACCACAGCGGAGGAAGGCUUCUCCAACUCCAAGGAAAGCUUCUCCAGUUCCAGAGUCACUUGUGCUACACGUGGAGCAACUUAGUAGGAAUGUCAAUGAAAACCAUUUGAAAGAAAUUUUUGGUAACUUUGGUGAAGUUGUGCGUGUGCAGUUGGCAAUUGACCGCGAAGUAAACGUUCCCAAAGGAUCUGCAUAUGUUGAAUUCAAGAAUAGAGUUGAAGCUGAGAAAGCCUUGAGUUACAUGAAUGAAGCCCAGAUUGAUGGAAAAGUUGUUCAUGCAAAGUUCACAUUACCCGAGAGAAAGAGGACAUUUUCCCCUCCUAAGACAAUGACAACUUCUAAGAGAGAUGGUCUAAAGAAUGAUAAUACAACUAAUGACUUUGAUAAUGCUGGACCAAAACGGCCGCGAGAGUUCUCUCCUCAUCGAAGACCUCUUUCUCCACAUAGAAGGAGAUCUCCAACUGGACCAAAAGGAUCUCCGAGACGGGAUCUUGGUUCUCCUCGCCGAUCUCCUGCCCGUCAUCGAGGUUCAUCUGGUAGACGUGUUGACUCUCCACCUCAAAGACGGAGACGGACAUCUCCGCCCAGAGGUCGUUCACCCAGUCCGCCAAGGCGCUACCGGUCUCCACCUAGGGGGUCUCCUAGGAGAAUUCAUAGAAGUCCUGCUCGAAGACGUUCUCCUCCCAAGAGACGUUCACCUCGGCGAGCAUACUCUCCUCUCAGAAGAUCUCCCAUUGGUCGUAGACGCAGCCGCAGCCGCUCUCCUAUAAGAAGGCCUAUACGUUCGCGUUCAAGAUCUUUUUCUCCUAGGAGACCAAGACUACCAACUUCCAGACGUGGGAGAUCAUCAUCCAACUCCUCAUCGCCCAGUGGGCAUAAGGGACCUCGCAGAGCAUCCACGAGUCGCAGUCCUAGAAAGCCUCUAAAGGGGAGUCCCCGCCACAGUAGCAGCAGCAGGUCUCCCCCGCUAGCCCGGAGGCCCUAAUCUGUAGGUGUUUGUGCUUGGAUUCAGUCUGAAUAGUUGCUGCAAAACAGUUGAUUGAAAUUGCUGCAUUGUUCAAUGGCGCUUUUACUGCAACCUUGUCUGUCUUUUUUCCAUUUAAGAUUUGGUAGUUUUAUUGUUGUCUGGUAUACUUUAACUAGAUGCUCCGGUACCUAUUCUUGGAUUUCCGUUGGACUUCGACUUUAAGUUUUUGAAUUGGGUUUAUGAUGGUGUUGAAGGCAAACAGGUGGUGAAAUGUAGACUAAAUUCUAUUUACAUCU